CGAUAAUUUUCAAGACUCAAAAGAAAAGCAUUUGAUGAACGGAAAACAAGGACCAUUUUAACAAAUCCACAAUUUUCAUCUUAGUCUCAUCUUCCACAAAUUAUCCCAUCUACAGAAAAUCACUAAAUCGAAAAAUUAAACAAAACGACAUGUCUGGUAAAAGGAGGGUGUCGUCUGAUACGACACCAUUGCUCGACCCACAACAACGCUCGUCUCCUCGCUACGAUCCUUCUUCUGAUCGCUCCUUCACUCCCGCUUCUUUUUCCGUCGAGAUGUCCGCCACUGUCACCGCGACUGCCCCUCAUCGCCACGUCUUCCUCGGCGUCGAUGUAGGCACCGGCAGCGCCCGUGCUGGUUUGUUUGAUGAGAAUGGGAAACUUCUUGGGUCUGCUAGUAGUCCAAUUCAGAUAUGGAAGGAACGUGACUACGUGGAGCAAUCGUCCACAGAUAUUUGGCAUGCCAUCUGUGCGGCUGUGAAGUCAGCAUGCUCCCUUGCAAAUGUUGCGGAGGAAGAAGUGACCGGCAUCGGGUUUGCUGCUACUUGUUCUCUUGUUGCUGUUGAUGCUGAUGGAGCUCCAGUAUCAGUUUCUUGGAGCGGGGAUCCAAGAAGAAACAUUAUAGUUUGGAUGGACCAUAGAGCUGUAAAACAAGCAGAGAAGAUCAAUUCCUCUAACUCUCCAGUAUUACAAUACUGUGGUGGUGCUCUUUCCCCUGAAAUGCAGCCACCAAAGCUUUUAUGGGUGAAAGAAAAUUUGCAAGAAUCAUGGUCAAUGGUGUUCAGGUGGAUGGACUUGAGUGAUUGGUUAUCAUACAGAGCUACAGGGGAUGAUACUCGCAGUCUAUGUACAACAGUAUGCAAAUGGACGUAUCUUGGCCAUGCACAUAUGCAACAAAUGAGUGAAAAUGAUUCCCGAGACAUGGAAGCUUGUGGUUGGGAUGAUGACUUUUGGGAAGAGAUUGGCUUGGGAGAUCUUGUAGAUGGGCAUCAUGCUAAGAUUGGACGGAGUGUAGCUUUUCCUGGCCACCCUUUGGGUUCUGGACUAACUCCAACAGCUGCAAAGGAACUGGGUCUUGUAGCAGGAACUCCUGUGGGGACUUCGCUCAUUGAUGCUCAUGCUGGUGGUGUGGGGAUCAUGGAGAGUGUUCCUGAGGCAUAUUCUGAUUCUAAUGAUUAUGAUAAGGAAGCAAUAUGCCAUCGAAUGGCUUUAGUCUGUGGUACUUCUACUUGUCAUAUGGCUGUGUCACAGAGCAAGUUGUUCAUUCCAGGGAUCUGGGGCCCAUUUUGGUCAGCAAUGGUCCCUGAGUACUGGCUUACAGAGGGUGGGCAGAGUGCUACUGGUGCAUUACUAGAUCACAUCAUAGAAAACCAUGUUGCUUCUCCUCACCUUGCAAAUCGUGCUGCUUCGCAGAAUAUAUCUCUAUUUGAAAUACUGAACAAUAUAUUGAGGACAAUGGUGGAUGAUCAAAAGGCUCCAUUCUUUGCUGCUUUGACAGAAGACGUACACAUCCUUCCUGACUUUCAUGGGAAUAGAUCUCCCAUUGCAGAUCCAAAAGCCAAAGGAAUUAUUUGUGGUUUGACUCUUGAUACAAGUGACAAACAGCUGGCUCUUUUAUACCUUGCCACAAUACAGGGUAUUGCAUAUGGUACACGCCACAUUGUGGAACACUGCAAUGCUCACGGUCAUAAAAUUGACACAUUGCUUGCAUGUGGUGGCCUUUCAAAAAAUCCUGUGUUUAUUCAAGAACAUGCAGAUAUCAUUGGUUGCCGUAUUGUACUUCCUCGAGAAAGUGAGUCUGUGUUACUGGGUGCUGCUAUUCUUGGUGCUGUUGCUGCGAAGAAAUAUGCCAGUCUAAGUGAAGCCAUGAAGGCACUGAAUGCGGCUGGUCAGGUCAUUCACCCAUCAAAUGACCCAAAAGUGAAGAAAUAUCAUGACGCCAAAUAUCAAAUUUUCCGUCAGCUUUAUGAGCAGCAACUCUCUCAUCGUUCAACUAUAGCCAAGGCUUUGGAGUAGGAUGUGCUGCUGUUCCACUUUUCAGAACUUGUGGAAGCUUGUGUUCAUCAUUAUCACUUAAUAUCCAGAAAAGAAGAGAGGAACGGAGUAAAAAGAAAGGGGUAGGGUGGGGGAUGAAAUUCCAAAAUUUGUAAAAUUGAUUUUCGAUUCACCUGUUACAUCGUAGACGUUGGAAAAUUACAAAGCUCUGAAAAUAAAUAUGUAAAGUUUGCACUUGUCCUCUUGCCAAUAUGCAAAUAAAUUCCCAGCAAUUGGUAGUUUGCUGCAAGUUUGAAGCAUUCUUUCCAUUAACUCGACUGCUUGUGUUUUUCUUGGGUUAACAGGAGAGAGAAUUGACGAUUUUUGGUUUUUGCCAUUUGAUAAAAAAUUGUUAAUAAUAUUCUUUUUACUAUUGUAAAUUUACAAAUUAUAGCUUUGAUGAGAAUUUCUUAUUAAAAUUGUAAUUGAA